UAGCAACCCCUCAUAAUGGAAGUGCUGUUGCCAAUGCUGGUAAAGUUAUAUCGAAUAUCAUCCAAGCUUGUUCCCCUUUUCGACCGGCUCGCGGCUUGCUAGGCUCACUCAGAAAAGAUCCAAAGUCUUGUUUGAAAUCACAGAAGACUUCGUGGAGAAGGCUGGGAAGCUACAGAUAAUAUCUUUCUUCGAGAUGGAGAUGACGAGUUUCAAGAUCUUCAAACGCCUUGUCGUUAAGCAGCGCUCGGCGAUUCUCAAUAUCCCAAAUGAGAUUCCAAUCGGACAAUUCGCAGAUCAUCGAAGUAUCGCACGAUUCUCGUCUGUGGAGGACCGCAAUUACACGCCAGUGUUAGCGCGCCUCCUCAAAUUCAAACAAGAUAUUGCAAGGAUCCUUGCCGGGCCUCCUAGCUGUUUGCAAGAAGAGGGACCAAGGCCUGAUCUGAACACAGGGUUUAUAUUCGACGUACCAUUUGACAGAUUUACCUUAUUUUGUGGAAGACAGCAACUCCUGCAUUUGAUGGAAAGAUACUUCAGUCAAUCUAGCUCGGUCCGGCCGCUAGUGUACGCUCUAACAGGACUCGGUGGGUCUGGUAAAAUACAUAGCGCUUUGCAAUAUGCGCUCCGCAAUCGGUUUAGAUAUUAUGAUGGCGUGGUCUACUUCAACGCCAGCUCAACCACUACGUUGAUGGCUGAUUUCCAUUGUAUUUAUGAUCUCCUGAACUUGGGCAACGCUCCCAACAAAAUAGAGGUUUUAAGACAGUGGUUCGCAAGACCAGGCACUUAAAUUGGCUAAUGAUAUUUGAUGGCGCCGAUGGUCUACACUUAGUCCCACUUUUGAAAUAUUUUUCUGUCUGUCCUAGGGGCCAUAUUAUUAUCAUGAGUCGCGAUCCAAUUGCUAUCGGUGUGCUCGCCCCCGCAGGGCAGACUCUGGAGCCUUUUAAAAAACAUACUACUGUUGAGUUGCUGCUUGAAAAGGC